AUGCCUUCGCACAGCAGAAGCUCCUCUACCUCCGGCCGGGACUCUGGCCGGAGAGCCAGCGACGCCUCCGAGCACUCCAUUCAAGAUGUUGUACAGGAGUUGCGCGACGAGCUCAAGGACGCAAACACUGCCCUGAACAAGGCGCGCGGGGAGAGAGACCGCUUCGAGAACCUCAACGAACAACUGCAGAAACUCCUGUCCGCCGCAAACAACACCAUCGCCGACCAGGCUGCCGAGCUCGUUGAAAUACGGGAGGAGAGAGAUCGCCAUAAGGAGGAGGUCCUCCAGGCCAAGGAGGAUUACGAGGCUCUUCUUGCGUCGCAGGAGACCUGGAUUGAGAAGUACACCGAAAUUCAGGAUCAAUACGAUGGUCUCGUCUCCCGAUACAGCUCUUCGAUCAGCACACCGCCCUCAAGCAACAGCCCCCUGAGCUCACCGCUCCCCGACCGCAGCAAGCUUUCGCGCUCUAGCAGCAAGAAGAACCUCCGUGAGCACCGAGAGACCCACGAGCAUCGAGAGAACCGUGAACACCGAGAGCAUCGCGAGCACCGCGAACACCGCGACCGCGAUCGCCGCGAUGAUCGAGGCCGUGGCCGCGAUCGCCCCGAAAAGGAGAAGCGAGAGGUCAAGGAGUCCAAGGCUCAGAAGGCCGAGAAAGAACGUCUCUCCAAGCGAUUCGGAUCGCACGCCAACUCUGAAGAAAAGCGACCACCUACCUCGGCUCGCCGCAACAGUGUCGUGGACACCAAGCGCAGCAGCCACAGCCGUUCAACUUCGACAAACCCUAACAACCGCUACACUGUUCAACAUCUCCAUGCGCAGCCAUUGGUCACUACUCAGCAUGGCUAUAGCCAUCCCAACGUCCCUCGUACCCCAAACCCCUUGAGCAGCCCUACUCGAGCCUACAGCAGCGGGGGCAGCACGGCUUAUGACGACGAGGGCCACGAGGACGGCAACUAUCACGCCUACCCCAUCUCACGGGGAUAA